GGCAUCACAGAGUAACAGCUAACUCUGCAGUCAUCAGCUCGACCACCAUGGAUAAACGCUUCAUGGAGAGUCGCGGUUACCAGUAUCAGGGCAGACUGGGACAAGGCAUGUUCGGUGAAGUUGUGAAAGCAUACUCAACCCAGAUGAAGAAAAUGGUCGCCAUAAAAGUUACUGACAUAAGUAAAUGCACCACUGUUUACAUCGAAAAGUUCCUGCCUCGUGAAAAAGACGUCCUGGAAACUUUGGAUCAUCCCAACAUCGUUAAGACUCACAAGAUCUUUGAGUCGCCCAAAGGAACGGUCUACAUGGUGAUGGAGCUCUGUGUCAAAGGAGACCUCCUAAAUUACAUCAACAGCAAACUGGCCUUACUGGAGCGUUUCAGCCACAAGCUUUUCACCCAGCUGUGCAGGGCAGUGGAGUAUCUUCACAGCAGGAACGUGGCCCAUAGAGACCUGAAAUGUGAAAACCUGUUCCUGGACGCAAAGUACAACCUCAAAGUGGGCGACUUUGGUUUAAGCAAGACGCUGACAUAUGUGGACGGUCGGGUCGUGCUGAGCAAAACCUUCUGUGGGACGUUGUUGUACGCAGCCCCAGAGGUUCUGCAGAGUCUUCCUUAUGACCCCAAAGUGUCAGAUGUGUGGAGCAUGGGCGUUGUGCUCUACAUGAUGCUGUACGGCUCAGUGCCCUUUAACUGCUCCAACUUUAAAAAGCAGGUGCAGCUUCAGAAGAAACGCCGCUUUAACUUUCCGAAGGAUCCUCCAGUUUCACCAGAGGCUAAAGACCUGAUCCGAAGAAUUCUGCACCCCAGCGUGGAGCAGCGGCUGAAGGUCAGCGAGAUAUUAGCGAGCGCCUGGGUAUCAAAGGAACCGGUGGAGGAGUGUGACGGGGCCUCCACAUCUGCUGCAGCGACGCCACCUGUAGGAAGCAGCUGGGAUGCAGAGGAAGGACCGUCAGCUCCACGCACAGACAGAUAACCUCAACAUCAGGAGUCUGAAACACUGAAUAAAUAAAUCUUCUCUA